AUGGCCAGCAUCACCACGAAGCGCACCGACAUCGACCGUCUACAGAAGGCCCUCAACGGCUUCGAGGAGGAGCGCCGCCGCGAGGCCGGCCUCGCCAUCAAGGCCCGCAACGAGAAGAAGAUCAACGUCGCCAAGGCCCACAUGCGCAACGCCACCCGCCUCAAGCAGAAGAUCGCAAACUAUGAGACGAGGGUCGUCGCCAACCAGAGCCAGCUCGACGCCCUGGAGGACGCCAGCUUUAACGUCGGCAACGUCAAGCAGAUGAAGGCCUUUAAGGAAGAUAUCCAGAGCCUGCAGCAGGACCCCGACGAGGUCAACGAGACCCUGCAAGGCAUGAGAGAGGCUCUGGAUGACGUCAACAACGUCAACCUCACCUUGGAGGCCGACGCCAACCUCAACAAAGGUGCCUAUGACGACGACAUUAUGGCCGGCUUGGACGAACUGGAGGCAGAGUUUGCAGACGACACCCCUGUGCAGGACAUCCCGGCCGUGCCGGGCGAGAAGCCCACCAUGCCCACCGCCCCGGUCCACGCCGACCCAGAGGAAGAGGAGAUGCGCAGAUUGGAGGAGGGCAUCUGAGUCCCCGCCCCGCGCCCUUAUCAUCCCCCUCCUUUCCCUUUCCUCCCACACCGCUCCGCCACCGUCCACCUUGUUUUUUUUGUUUUGAGCAUCCAGUCCGUCCAGGCCCUCCCUGCGCCCGCCCGCUGCCCUCGACCUUGCAGUCGCUCUUGUGCCCACCCCUGUGCGCUGCCCCGUUCCCCUCCAUCCCUUUCCCAUCCUAUUCCCAUCCCCCCUCGUCUUGUGUUGGUGACGCUUUAGAGUUGCUCGAGUUGCCGGCAAGUUACAUUUGGCCGCCGAGUGUUUGAGCGUGUGUGAAAAAACCGUGCUAUUCCGCUUGUUUUGUGCACCUUUCUUGUUGGGCUAUCGUCCGGUUGCGGCCCCAGCUCAGCGCUGGGUCUUUGCCAACCAGAGGCAGUGUGUGUAGAUUUUAGUUUGUUCCGUCAACUUGAGUCAGGUUCCUACGAUGUAAUGUAAAUUCCCGCUACCCCCGCCCCCUCCACCUCCGCGCUGCGUGCUCUCGUCCGGACAAGUGUAACUGGAGUCGUGGACAUACACCAACUACGGAGAGCACCGUGUAGUGGGCGCCCUUUCCUGCAAAA